UGAAAUCAAAAAACCAGUUUAUUUACCGACCACGUCCACGGCGCGCGCGUUCUAUGGCUCGUGCCCAAAAUUAUAGUCCGAGUUUUCUCACAGAGACUGAUAUCACGAAGUUAAUCUGUGUGGCUAGGUGGAAUUAUAUUUCGUGAAACAUUACAAUCUACUAGCAAUAUUCUAGUGUGAUAAAUGGUUUUGGAAAGUCAUAAAUAAAGUAACCAUUGGGAGUGCUAAAAAGGUGUGUCGUGUUUCGAAUUUUGAAUCGUGAACAAACUUUUGUGCAUUCACGUGAAAAAUACAAGUGUUUUAUUUCGAUGAGUUCGUGUGUGCAAAAGAGAUGUUGAUACGGAAAAGUUUUCCAGUCAAAAUCGAUUGUCAGUUGCAUAGUUGAGUGAUUUUCGUGUGAUUUCUUCAACGAGACGAGUUCGCAAGGUAAACAUGUGCGCAUCAAGAAUUCAAACACACCGAACAAGUGGCCACCAGCCCUGAUGCAGUCCGGAACAUUCCAUGAAGUCGGCUGACAUGUAGCCAUGGCCAGUGGCAAGGCUCUUUAUUCAAUAGCGGUGGUGGCACUGGGGUUCAUUUGCUUCGUAGUUGGUGCCAUCGCAGUGGGCCUUCCUACCUGGGGGAACUUCCAUAGCUAUGAUUCUGACUUUCAACUCUCAGUCCCUGGGUAUUAUUUAGACAAUCCGAACUUCGACCAAGGCUACUUCGGACCAUGGCGCGUUUGCAAGAAACUGUUGUACAACAGAGAGAAAUGCGGGACGGACGUAUCCAAGUUCCAACCAUCGACGGCGGUGUACAUAGCGGGUGUGGUCGCGUCCGUCGGCGUGUCGGUGCUUGGCGUGUUCUGCGUGCUCUCCGUGCUGCAACUCGCCAUGAUAUCGUCCAAGGAACGAGUAGCCUUCAAGUACACGAAUCUCGUCAUGAUGAAGUUGGCGCUGGCGCUAUUAGCUACGUUGCUGUCAAUAGUGGCGGCAAGUUUGUUCGCCGUACAAGGCGAUGACAGGGGUUUCUUCGUGACGAGGGGAGAGGCGUUUUACGUUCAGAUAGUGAGUAUAGUGAUAAACUCGAUCCUGUUUAUAAUGUCGCUGUACGACGCUCUGUUCUCGCGGAGAGCGGGCGGGGAUCCCACUAAUCCUCUAGGAGAGCCCGAAGGGACCACUAUCAACAACCCUGGAUUCAAAGAAGGAAGAGGAAUCUCAAUGACAGACGCAUCAGGUAAGCCGUACAGCACAAACGGUCACGGAAGCGUGGCUUCAAUGAACACGACGGCAACCACGCUGACCGGCUUGUCGGACGCCAGUACCAUCACCAGGUCACCACUAAGGUCUUCACUCAAGAAACCAAGGCCCAGGGAAGGUGAACCCGGAGGCCUGGGCAUUCAAAACCCAGGCUACUCCGGACACUCACCACCCCUAAACAGAAAUGGGAGCCAGAAGAAAGUGCGCAUACAAACACACAGUACCGAGGUGUGAACCAGUCUGUAUGUUAAUUUAAUUGUAGUUAUACUAACUAUUACUGAGGUGGUUUUCAAUAUGCUAAAAGAUUGCAGUACCCAGACAAUGGUAUGGUAAUACUUUUGUGUGAUCUCUUCACUGGUAUUUUCUGACUGUCUUGCAUAUUGAAAUGGUUUGGUAUGUUUCAUAUUUGUCUCAAGUGCGAAAAUUUUUAAUCUCAUCAGUAGAUUUAUUAGAAACAUGAAAUCACACUAAUUUAUUAAUCAUGUUUAUUGUGUGCAUGUUUGUUACUCUUUCAAGCAAAAUCUAUCGAAUGGCUUUUGAUGAAACUUAGCAAUAAUAAUAUAUUGAAAAUGAUAUCACGAUUUACACUUUAGACAAAUGGGAAAAUCGGACAAAGGGAAAAUUAUACUAUGGAAAAGUUGCUCCUUCUGUCAAAAUUGUUCAGUUGUAUGUAAUUGUUCAGUUUUAUGCAAUGAAUUAAAGAGAAGGCAGUGGCUAAAAAGAUACAGGUGAAGAAAAUAAGAUUGAAUGCUAAAUAGAGUGAAGCUAUAAUUCACUACUUUCAUGAAAUGCUCAAUCAUUGCAUUAGAUGGUUGAAUUUCAUAAAAUGUGUCAUUGCCUGUUGGUCACAUCACCAUGUGGUUUGGGUAGAUCAAUGAUGAGAUUUCUCAAAAUUAUGUUUACUUGAAUAUUUUAUACCAUACAUUAAACAAUUUUGACGUAAGGUGCAGGUGGUCUAUUUAUUAAAAUGGAUUUUGUAUAUGGAUUUUAAUAUAGAUUGACCUUUUAAUAUUAAGGAGACACUGAUAAAUUUUAACACUAUAGUGUUAGGGAGUUUUUUAAUCUUAUAUUUAUAUGUAUGUAAUAUCUGAUUAGGUAAUUUUUUCAAGUUUUAUAAUAGAAUAUUCGGUUUGCGACAUGAGUUGAAUAAUACAUUACUUUAGUAUUCUCUCAGUUAAGAUACACCAUGAUUUUGUAAUAAGAUUCGAUAACUUCUAAAAUUUCAAUAUGCAUAAAGGCGUUAUAAAUAACAGUUUGUGGCAUCUUACACUAAUCUAAACAUGGAGUUAGUUUAUAUUGUCUGCACUCUCAUUUAUGAUUGACAAUUAAAGUGAUGCCUAACUUUUGUCGUUAACUGUAUAUUGCACUAUACAAAAAUCACUAGGAUAGAAUAGAAUUCAUUGCACUUUCGCAAAUGGAAUCCACUUAUCAUAAGUA